UUUACAGAGGAAGUCGCGGGGCAGUUAGUAAGGUUGCUACUAGCUGGCUAACUUGCUAAAAAAAGUAAACAAGUCUGAUUGGUGACAUGAGAAAAAACUGUGGAUCUUUCUAGCUAUUCAGACAUGAAAGAAGACAAAGAAAACACUCGUCCGAAAGAGAAAAGAGUGGAGAUAAAGUGUGAAGAUGGAGAGAAAACAGAGAGGUCCAAGGAAAAGAAGGAGGCCUUGACAAAGAUUGUAAUCAGACGAUUGCCACCAAGUUUGACUAAAGAGGAGUUAGAAGAGCAGUUGCAGCCUCUUCCAGAUGUGGAUUACUUGGAGUUUUUCGCCAACGACACCAGCCUUUACCCCCAUCUCUUCGCAAGGGCUUACAUCAGUUUUAAAAAUCAAGAGGACAUUGUUCUUUUCAGAGAUCGGUUCGAUGGAUACGUAUUCAUAGACCACAGAGGACAGGAGUACCCAGCCAUUGUGGAGUUUGCACCUUUUCAGAAAAUAGCCAAGAAAAGAAGCAAAAAGAAGGACUCAAAAUGUGGAACAAUUACUGAGGACCCCGAAUAUAAGAAGUUUCUUGACUGUUACAACGGAGAUGAAGAGAAACUGACUUCCACAACGGAAACUCUGUUAGAGGAGCUGGAGGCUAAAUCUAAGGAACUUGAAGCUAAAAAGACAACUCCUUUGCUGGACUUCCUGAAGAAUAAACAGAGAAUAAGGGAGGAAAAGAAGGAGGAGAGGAGAAGGAGGGAGCUUGAGCGCAAGCGUCUGCGUGACGAAGAGCGUCGCAAGUGGAGAGAGGAGGAGAGGAGGAAACGAAAAGAGGCUGAGAAAAUGAAAAGGCUCGAGAAACCCACAGAGAAAGACAAGGAUCACGUUAAGGAUGAACCAAAAAUCAAGCUCCUAAAGAAGCCGGACAGAUCUGAUGAUGCAGAGUCUGAAAAACCCAAGGAGAAGGCCAAGAAACCAGAGAAGCCACAAAAAGAAGACAGAUCAACAGGAGGCAGUGAUCUAAAAAGGAGACAAAACACUGAACACAGGGAGGACCGUGAGAGGAAAUGGGAUGAAAAUGUGCGGAAGGAGUUCAGGGAGCGCAACGUAGAGCGAGACAGAGAGAGGGAGAAGGAGCGGCGGCAGAGAGAGAAGGAGCGCAUCAGACGUCAGGACGAGGACAGGCGGAGAAGAAGGGAACAGCAGGAUGGAGAGAACACCUUCAGAAAGCAUGAAGAAAUUAAAAAAGAAAGAGCCUUGGAGAAGAAGAGGAGUGAAAACAUGUCAACCUCUCACUCGGAGAAGAUGGAGAAGGCAGCCAAAGACCAUAAAAAGGAUGAGAGUGGUAAAAGAGAGCGCCUACGGAAUAAGGACCGACCCGCCAUUCAGUUGUACCAGCCGGGGGCCAGGAGCCGCAACCGUGCCACGGCAGGAGGAGGAGAAGCCAAUUCUGCCGACAGGAAACCAGAUACCGAGAACAAGAAAGUGUCUGAAAAAGGAGAAGAUUGAGCAGAUUUCUACUUCUGGUAUUUGAGAUUUGAUGGGUAGACCGUGCACGGCUGACAAAACAGGGCUGCACCCAGCUCUCCCAGUCUCAGAGGUAAAGAUAGUUGAUCUUAGUGCCUGAAUGUGACCCUCUUAAAAUAAUUUUUUUUUAGAGCGGUAACAAACGUUUCAACAGUUUGGCUGUGAGGCACAUUAUCUGAAGCCAAAGUUUUUGAGGACCAUAGAAACUCAAAGUGACCUUACUUCAGUGUUGCUGCAAUGAUGGAAGAGUAAUUUACACCAUGUGAACAUCUAAAUAAAAGUCUGCAGUUUAAUUACACCGUGUCAACAUUGGCAAGUUCUGUGCUGUUUUCAGGACAAUCCUUUUCAUUUCUGUUUCCAGGUUCAAAUGAAAUCAUGAAGCAAGAAAUCUUUCAUGGUCUAGUCACUCCAUGUACAUGUAUAUCAAACAAAGAAGGAUUUAAUCUGCUUGUCUGACUUACAGACAAGUUGUUUAUGAUGUGCUCAUUUAUAUGCAACAGUAACGGAGAAAUAGCCAUUUCUGACUACUGCCGUGUAACAUUAUUCUUGCAUGUAAACGUGGACGUUAAAUAAUCAGUGGGAUCAACAUGUGGCCUUUUCCUCUUUCUAACUCACCUGAAACUGUUUUGAACUUAAUGCAGCAUGGAAAUGUAUCACAGCUGAUGAAGCUAAUACAAACU